GAGUUGGAGUGGGCGUCUGGCGCUUCAAACAGGGGCGGACCCUCUCUUCCGCCUCUCUACCGCCUCUCGCCUCUCUUCCGCCUCUCUACCGCCUCUCUACCGCCUCUCGCCUCUCUACCGCCUUCACUCCCCCUCCAACGCACAUCCACCUCCACCGUCACAGCACACCCCCCUCCCACCCUUCCCUCUGCUCUCUCCUCUUCUCCCACGCAGCCCAUCGGUGGUUCAAGUCCGUCACUGCCGGCCCCCCAGCCUCCCCUCUGCCCAUCAAGGGGCCCCCGGCAGAUGCUCCCACGCGCGCCCUGUCAGCUGCUGACCUGGCAGGUGUGCGUCCGGGCGGCAUGCGCGGGUCCAGCACAGCGGGGGCAGGCGGAGAGAGGGCGGUGAAGGGAGGGGAGAGGGACGGUGGUGGCAGGCGAGGUGGGCAGGAAGGAGUGGCGGCGAGCAGGAGUGUGGAGGGCGCGGGCUGGCGGGAGCAGGGGGGGAGGGGGUGCGCGGACGAUGGGCGGGAGUUGGUGCGAGGCAGGGCAGGCAGCAGCGAGGGCAGCGCGGGCGGUGCAGCACGGCUGACACGGCACCGUUUGGAGGAUGUGGGGCGGCUGCUGAGAGGCGCAGGGGGGGCACGGGAGUGGCAAGGCGGCACGGUGGAGGAGGAGUGGAAGGCGAUGAGGAGAGAGGAGGGGAGAGGAGCGCGGGGCAACGACAUGGGAGGGGAAAGGGAAGGAGGCGUCGAGAUGAGGGAUGAGGUGGGAGAGAGGAGCAAAGGUUGGAACAUGAGCAGGGAGAGAGGUAGAGAGAGGGAUCGAGAAAGAAAUCGGAGUAUGGACAGGGAAUGGGAGUGGGAAAAGCGAGUGGAGAUGGAUAGAGACAGGGGUAGGGAGUGGGAGGGGGAUAGACACAGGGGUAGGGACGAGGAGGGAGAGAGGAUCAGGGAAGAGGAGAGGGGUAGAGACAGAGUGAGCGAGGGGGAGAGGGAUAAAGACAGGUUCAGGGAGGGGGAGAGGGAUAGAGACAGGUUCAGGGAGGGGGAGAGGGAUAAGGAAAGUGAUGAGGAGGGGGAGAUUGAAAGGGACAGGGUAAGGGACAGGUUCAGGGGGAGGGAUAGGGAGGGCGAUCGAGAGAGGUACCGAUUGCAAGAUGGUGGGAGGGCAUACAGGAGGAGUUUCGAGUUGGAUGAUGAAAGGGAGCAGAGAUGGAGGGAGCGUGACAGAGACAGUGAGAGAAGCAGAGAGUUGGAUAGCUGCAGGGACAGGCGCAGAGAGAGCGAGAAAGAGAGAGAGGAGAUGGGACGGGAGAAGGAUUGGAAAAAAUACGUGAGGGGGGAGAGGGAACGAGGGAGACGAAAUGAAGGUAGUGGGGCGGAGGUAGGGCGUGGUAGGGAGCAGGGUGGAGUGGGAGUGGGGGAUGGAGGGAGGAACGGGAUGCUGUGGCGAGUGGGCAGUGGCAGCAGGCGGUUGGGGGAGAAGGCAGGCGGCGUGGGAGGGGUGGGAGGGGUGGGAGGGGUGGGAGGGGUGGGGGGUCUGCAGCGCCACAAGUCGGAUGUGAGCGGCCUGCUGGCAGCGGAGCACGCUCGGGCCACCCACCACCACGCCCUCUCCCCCUCUCGCCGAUCCCCCCUCUCCAGCCCCGAUUCCCCCCCUGGUGCCGGGCGCGCCCCCCGCCCGCGCCACUCACGGCAAUCGCACUCGCGCCUCUCGUGCGACCUGGACGCCCCGCAUGGCAGCGCCGCCACUGCCCAGGGCGGAGCACAUGGGGGGGACGAGGUGGGGGGAGGUGGCGUGGGGGGAAGAGCAGAGGAGUGGGGCAGGGCGAGCGCGCGGAGGAGAGCCAUGCAGCGGUCGCCUAUCCGCUCUGCUGAUGACGCUGACUGCCCUUCAUCCCCUGUGCGCCGCGCCGUGUCCCCUGUGCCGGGCCUCAACGCAUCUAGGCACUGCGCCAAUCCAUCAACGUGCGGGCGGGAGGAGGGAGCACCCAGGCGCCGCAACGAUGCCUCCAUGCCCACUCCCCCCCGUGCCCGCUCCCCUCUUCCACCCUCGCUCUCGCCCGGUGUGCAUGAUUGCCACUCGGCCCACUCGCCCUCGCCCACCCACAACGCCCCCUUGCAUGCGUGCCCGGCUGCCUCUCUCCCUGCCGCCACACCCCCCUCAGCGCUCGCCCCUCGGCCCCCCCAUCGCGCGCGGCGCAACAGCGUGGACCUGGAUGCAGUGCUGCGCUGCGGGCGGGCUGGAGGGCGGCGCGAGGUGCAGCGAGACGCAGAGGAGGAGCACGGCAGCAGCGGAGGCAGCAGCCCGGGAGGAGGCAGUGGCUGCCGCACGAGGGGCAGCAGGAGGGGGGUGGCAGAGGGAGGUGAGAGAGGUGAGGGAGGAGAGGGAGGAGAGGGAGCGGAGCAUGACAGGUGGAGCUCUGGCCAGGCACCGAGAGCAGUGGGCAGUGCAGGGGAGCUGGGGGGGGGAGGUGGAGGACACAGGCACAUGCGCAGCAGCAGCAGCAGCAAGGUUGUGCCGUGUGUGCGUGGGUGUAAAGGCAUGGCAGGCAAGGGGGAGAGCAGAGAGGGUUCACCGCUGGGCGGAGAUGGUGGGGGCGAGUGCAGUGGGUGGGAGGAGGAGGGCUCCGAGGUGCACGGCGGGGAAGAGCUAUGGUGGCGAGGACACAGGGUGAGCGGGCGGGGCCUGAAGGCGGUUGAGGCGGCUGAUGAGAGGCAGUGGAGCAAGGGAAGUCCCGGCAGGCUGGCGCGGUACCGAUCCGUAGAUGUGUCUUCCCUUCUCCACUGA